UGCAGCGGUUUUGGCUGCUCCAUACUCCACAGCUUUCUUUUUACUUUGUCGUUCGUUGCAUCCUAUUUACGUGCAGUAAAUACCCAUCUACCCAUCAGUGAAAGCGAAAAGUCACUCUAAGUUAAGGCUUUCCUAUUUAGAUUUGCACCAUUAACGGGAGAAAGUCCUCUCCACUUAACUAAACAGAUCCAUCCUUCCCUCAAGGACUCAAUACUCGCGAUGGAUAACAAAACUCUGCAAGUCAUUAUAUCUGGCCCAUCUGCAGAAUGUCUUGUCGCCCUCACGGAAUUCAACAAUAUUCACGAAAAGAACAAGGAUUUUAAAGAAAUUGAUCGUAAAACUAAAGAGCAGUUGUGGGAUGCUCUUUUCUCGAGGAUGAAACCACAAAACGUCGAUGGGGAUGAAGAGGAUAGAAUUGUCCAGUCCUGUCUUCACUCCCUGCGCAUCCUGAGUCGCGAUAAGGACACUCUGGAGAAGGUCAUGACGGAGGACAGAGUUACCACUCUCUUAGCUUUGUCAGGUCUUUAUCUCCCUCAUGAUGAAUUAAAGCCCUCGGAUAACAACACCAAGGCAAAGAAGGUGGCGGGGCCUAAGGAUAGGCCAAAGUCAGUGGAAGGACUUAAGGCAAUUUUCAAUAUGGUAUUUCAAAGUCAAACUCUGCAAGUCAUGUUCAUGACUGAUGGAAUUCUGACUCAUCUGAUCAAACGGAUUGAAGAUUUCACAUCAUUCUCAAAUGGAGGAUCGUCCAACUUGGAGUACCCUCACGAAUUCCAGUAUUUUGUGGGAAGAAUAUUAUUUCUCAUCACAGCCCUGUGUCAAGAUAUUGCUCCAGCCAAAGUUCGCAAUUCAUUGAACGGUCUUCCCAUUCUGGCGUCUUAUCUCGAGUCAAAAAUGGAGUCAAUUAUUUGCCCAUCCACAACCACCAACAACUUUGACAACUUUGACAAUUUGGCUGCUGACAUAGUUUGUGAAAUUCUCAAAGUCUUGUACAACCUCAUUUCAGAUAUGAUCCCGAAAACCAAAAAGAGCGAAUCUUUCGAAUCGGAAAUUGACAGGGAGGAUUUAGAACAAUUAAAAAGAAUUACGUGUGCUACACGAAUUCUUUUGUUAAACACAACCAAUCCCAAUUUCACAAUUUCUGGAAAUUUAAUUGAAGUAGAGUCCAAGAAACAGGAUAUUCGACGUCAUUCGAUUGAUCUUCUAGCUGCCGUGCCCGCUCCUUGUUUUGACGAAUUUGUCCCAAUGAUUGCUACUGGUAGUCAGCAACAACAAUCAACUUCAUUCGCCGCCUCCUAUCUAGAACACGACAUGACAGCCGUAGAGGCGACGUUGUUGUAUCUGAACGAAAAGUUGGAUGCCGUGAAGCAAUCGUCCAUUUCCACCGACUAUAUUGCUCCCCCACUCUUAGCCCUGCAUAACAUGAGCAUCGGCCACCGAGCUAUUCGCAAAUAUCUCAAGAAAAGGAUUCUACCCCCAUUGAAGAGAAAAGAUGUUGAGAAUCUUCCAGAGGAAGGUAAAACCAUUCGGAAUAAACUGGUGGCGUUGUUGACCUCUCCCAUCACCCACAUUACUGACUUGGUGGCAAAUCUACUCUUCAUCCUGUGCAAGGAGAAAGUUGGGAAGUUGGUCAAAUACACGGGAUAUGGGAAUGCGGCAGGGCUUUUGGCCAACAAGGGGCUAAUGUUGGGUGGACAAGGUCCUCCCCCAGGAAAAUACUCGGACUCUGACUCUGAUGAUGGUUCCGAUCUUGACGAAUAUCGGGAGGUGGAACACAUGAUUAACCACAUCGAGGGGAGAAUUCACCAAGAUCGUCCAGACCCAAUGGAAGGGAUGACGGAUGAGCAGAAAGAGCACGAGGCGAUGAAGCUGAUUAGGGCCAUUGAUAAAAUGGAUCGGUGCAGUGGGGGCAUUCGACCUUGCAGAAUUGGGGCGGACGGCCGUCCAGAACCAAUUCAGCAUGUUCUCCAGCUGCAAGAGGCUCUCGAAAAUCCACUGAAAGGUCUGAGAAGAGAUGAUACAGAUUCGGACUCUGAUUAAUACAUUUAUUGAUCCAAUGAUACCUGUUAAAUUGUGACAACAACUACCUAAAUUUGUACAAUUUAUAAUGUUGAAUUGUCUUUUUACGAAAUUAUAAUUCAAACUGACUUCUGCUGCUUUGCUGCAACAUUCGUAUUUGUUUCAUAAGUACGUUCUUAAUUGAUUUAUGUAUCUGAGAGCUUUUUUCAUUUCGAGUCAUUAACCAAGUAUUUUGCUGUAUAUAUAGACUUACUAGUAGACUGAUUAAAUCAUUCAUGAUUAGCUGAUUAUUAUUUAAGUUAUUAUUUUUGUUUUAAAAUAAAGAAUUGUUUUACCACCCAUGUUA